AUGAAUUUAUUCACCCAUACUAAUUUUGCAAAAGCAGCUACCUUAUCCACAGGCAUAGCCAUAGGCUACGUCACAAGAAACCCAGACAAAGAACGUGCUUGGGAAGUGUAUCCGUGUUUCACACAGAAAAACUAUGCUUAUAUAUCCCUCUACGAUGUUACUAAACACAAUGUACAGUUGUUUGAGAAGCGAAUUAAAUGUUUAACUCGCUACUUACAGACUCAGAGAGGUUAUGGUUACACGCGAUUAAUUAAACUGCCAGAAGAAUUUGGUGUGGUUAAAUAUGUAGGUGUAAGUACGUGGUAUAGUGGAGACUUGAUGAAAAAGGGGGUGGAAAACAGUUUUUCCCAGAAGAUGAUAAGCAAGCUACCUAUUGAAAACCACUACAACGCCGUAUCUUAUAAGGUGGUCGUAGACGAUUCUGAAUAUGUGCAUGAAGUAUAA